AUGAGAAUAAUUUUUUUACUUUUUUACUGCGUCAACUUUUCGGAAUCUUUCAUUUCUAACACUCUCAAAACAACUCAACCGCAUCACAAAUUUGUGUUGAGGGAGAAGUUUGCGAAAACGUUGUUUAAGGAGAUAAGAAGGCGUAUCCAGAGGAGCAGAGAGACAAUAGAGGAACGAAGACUACGGCUGGACAAUUGCUUAAAAUCAAAGCGGGACGGUUUAUUACAUCAUCCGAAGUCGAGUUACGAGUUUUACAUUGCAGUUCAGGACAGACCAGUGGAGAAAAUAAAACAACAAUUCAUCACAGUUUUAAAUAAAAUUAAGCAAAUUGGCGUGGAAAACAUUCACAUUUAUAACCUGGGCCUAAAGUCACUUGUGAGACCAAUUAAGAAACAGUACCAAGCACACUUUUUACUUGUUAAACUGUGCUCGUAUCCCAGCAUAAUUAACCUCCUGAGGCUUAAAUUUUUACAAGAGGAAGGUGUACUAAGGAUACUACUGCUAAAAGACAAGGAAUCAGAUAAGGAAAGGAGGAUUUACAGAGAUAAACACUUUUACGUCAGACACCCCUACCUCAAUACCGAAUUCUAUCAACCUUUCAUACAUAAACUAAAAGAAUCGCCUUACGUAUAG